AUGCAAAAUAGUUAAGAACAGUUAAAUAAUUAAAAAAUGUUAAGAAAGAGUAUAUAAAAAAAUAAACCUUAAUAAAAAUGUAUCAAAAAGGAUGUGGGCAAGCCUGCAGGAAUAGAUGUAAUAAAAUUGGAAACUCCAAAAGUUUGGAGUUGUUUAAAUGUAGAAAGACAAUUAAUAGAAUAUUUCACUCAAAUUGGGAGACAUGUGUAUCUAAGUUUGGCAGGCAAAAUUAAGAAUUCACAAAAAGAUGGGCUUUCAGAUAAGGCUUUGGCUAAAUUAUAAAAAUAUUAGGCUAUUUAUUAAAACAAAUCAAUAUACUCUUAUAUAGAGCAUAUUGCUUAAAGUUUGUUUAAUUGGAAAUGCUAGAAACUUUCUGUUGUUUAUUUUUUUAGAAAUGAUCGUACCUCUUAUAAUAAAUAUCAGAAAAUAUAUUUAAUUAAUGAGAAAUGGAAUUAAAUUAUUAAGAAUAUUAAAUUCCUUUUAAAUGAGUAAUUUUAUUUUGAAUUAAUUUCUAUUUUGAAAAUGUUUGAAUCAAAUUACACAACAGAAUAAAUUUGUGAUAAAAUGAUUGAAUAAUCUAAAGAAUUAGAUUAAGUGCCUUAGAUUAUUUAAAAUUUCUUUAUACUUUUAAAUAAAGAAAAAAAAAUUGAAUAACAAAUUCAUGGAGCAAGUUGUGCAUAACUUGAAAUGUUAAAAACAAUAUAUUUAAAUUCUUUAGAUAAUCACAAAGAUUAUCUUUAAAUAAUUAUUGAAAAACUCAGAUAGAUAAUGUAUGAAAAUUGGAUACCUCAAUUUAUACAAUAAUAUGAUAAUGUUAGUCUUGAAGUUUAGAAUAAAAUCUUCAAUGAUGAAAGCAACUUCAUUUUCUAAAGUGAUAAGGAAUGA